AUGGCUUAUUGGACACCGGCACGAGGAAACACAGCGUCAACUGCAUGGGUACCAAUACUCGCCACCCUGGCUGCUCUGGGGAUUCUUGCUACUGCGGCAAUAGUAAUCGUGCUGUCACUGAUACCAGUUUAUUUGCCAACUAAAGUAAUUCCUCGUAGAACCAACGCAACUACAACAACAACAACGACAACUACUACCCGUAAGUAA